AAUCCUUCCUGUUUUUAAGACUUUCUUUCCUGUUUUCAAGGCAAUAUAUUUUAUUUCAUUCACUAUACUCGUGAUUUCGUGAAUUUGUCGAGUCUCGCGUGUACAAAUUAGGCUUUCUACAUUUAUAAGGUCACUCUCCCUCAAAGAAAAAAGCCAUCCAGUAACACCAAGAAAACAUUUGCAAGGUGUAAUGGCUACCACAAAGCAACUAUUAUCUGACCUCGUAUCUGGUGUAAGUUCUGUUCCCUCAAACUACAUCCGACCCAUAUCCGACCGUCCAAAUAUUGAUGAAGUUUCUCUUGGCAAUCCAAUUCCUCUGAUUGAUCUCCAAGGCCUCGAUGGCUCAAACCGUUCUGAUGUUGUCAAAGAGAUAGGCCAAGCUUGCCAGGAGUAUGGUUUCUUUCAGGUCAAAAACCAUGGGAUUCCAGAAGAGGUGAUAGAUAAGAUGUUGUGCCUGUCAAGGGACUUUUUCCAUUUGCCUGAGAGUGAAAGAAUGAAGAAUUACUCCGAUGAUCCUAUGAAGACAACGAGACUCUCCACUAGUUUUAAUGUAAAAACUGAAAAAGUAUCCAACUGGAGAGAUUUCUUAAGAAUCCACUGCCACCCUUUAGAGGAUUACAUACACGAAUGGCCAACCAACCCUCCAUCUUUCAGAGAGGAUGUUGCUGAGUACAGCAAGAACGCUAGAGGGUUAGCACUGAGACUGCUUGAAGCCAUCUCGGAGAGCCUAGGCCUGGAAAGGGAUUAUAUAAACAAAGCACUGGGCAAGCAUGGGCAGCACAUGGCAAUAAAUUACUAUCCUCCAUGUCCGCAACCAGAGCUUACCUACGGGUUACCUGGCCAUGCUGAUCCUAAUUUAAUCACCAUUCUCCUUCAAGAUAACGUCCCAGGUUUGCAGGUGCUAAAAGAUGGCAAGUGGCUCGCCGUCCCUCCAAUUUCAAACACCUUCAUUGUCAAUAUCGGUGAUCAAAUGCAGGUGAUCAGCAACGAUCGAUACAAGAGUGUGUUACAUCGAGCCAUAGUGAAUAGCAACAAGGAGAGGAUCUCAAUCCCAACCUUUUAUUGUCCAUCACCUGAUGCUGUGACGUUACCGGCGCCACAUCUGAUCAACGAUCAUCAUCCUCCCCUGUAUAGGAACUUUGCAUACAGUGAUUACUACAAGAAAUUCUGGAACCGGGGGCUUGCAACCGAGACAUGUUUGGACAUGUUUAAGAUUACAACCUCGAAUCCUUGAGCUUGAGACGAGAAGCAUGGGGUUUCCCUUAACUAAACUUUGUUAUUUAACACAAUGUAUUUCCAAUGAGCAUUGCCCAAUUUUUAGGUAUAAGACUUUGAGCUUGUUCUGUGAUAAUAAUCACUUUAACUAAUUUGGAAUAUGAAGUUUAAAGGAUGUAAGAUCAGUGAUUA